AUGGCCACUCGCGACAGGAGGGAUUGGGUCGAUGCACGCUCUGCCCCAAAUAAAUCGGUAAAUCAGCAGUGGGGACUGCACAGAGAGGCAUCUGUUGAGGUGCGCAGCUCAUCAACGGCCAACACGCAUGACUUCGUGCCACUGGCCAGCGCGCUCGCCCCUCACAAUAUGAACUACGCCGCGUGGGCGGUGUCGGGCGUGAAAGACGGCAACAGCACGGCCACGGUGUCGGUCGUCGACCUGCAGAGCUUCAACGUGAUACGCACGUUGGCGUUCGAGGGUCCUCUCUGGGACAUCGCCUGGCGCGACACCUUCCUGAUCUGCGCCUCUUCACAAGGCAAGAUCACCAUGACCAUUCUGGGCACCGAGAACGCAUUGCCCCCGCAGGAGCUCACUUGCCCGAGCGUCAACGAUGAGGAGUUGGACCUGGUGGAGCUGGCGGAGGGCCGAGUGUGGGUGGGCGAUGAGGCGACGCGGGUCCGACGCGUCGCGCUGCACCCGCGGCUGGCCACCACCUCCACCCUCCUCAGCGCGCAGUGCUCCGCGGUGCAGAUCUGGGACAUCGCCAACUCGGACGCGCCCCUCCUCGCCAAGCGGGUGUCCAAAGAUUUGGUGCUCUGCGCCGAGUGGGAUCCGCACAACGACAAGAUCUUUGGCGUGGCCGGUCAACGGGGUACCAUGAAGCUGCUCGACGCACGAGAUGGGUCCUCAGAAUACUCGUGCGUGUGGGUCAAGAGGCAGGCCCAUGCAGCGCCCAUCCGCGCGAUGAAAUGGAACCCCUGCGUGCCCCACUGGAUCGCCACCGGAGGUGAGGAGGGGCUGGUCAAGUUGUGGGACUUGCGGUACGGGGCGAGGCCCGUGUGCACGAUCCACGGCCACACGGGGCCGGUCAAUUCGGUUGACUGGAACGCGGCGCACCCGGACCUGCUGGUCUCGGGCGGGUCCGAUCGGAGCCUCCGCGUGACCUCGCUCACCGCCGACAACCUGGCCGUCAUCGGCUCCAUGUCCUGCGGCACCCUCACAGACCAAAUAACACAAGUGGGCUGUUCGGGAUUCAGUCGAGACCGGUGUGUGGCGGCCACGGCCAACGGCGUGAUCCACACGGCCCGCUUUGGCCCGGGCUUCUUCGAACCCCUCACCCAACAGCUCUCCCGGUUUCCUGUGGAGGAGAGGACCAGCGACGAACGCAAGCUGGAGAGGCUCGUCUACGACCGCGAACUGGAGGCGGCGCUCAAGCUCGGCGUACAGCUCGUGGACAAGCACCACAUGCUCAAGAAGUCCGAAGAGGACCUGCACGAGGUGAUCCGCUUGUGUUCGCCGGUCUCGCCCUCGAGUUCCUCACAGUGGAGCGACACCCACACGCCCCCGCCAUCCACCGCCUUCCAGAAAGAGGCGUUGAAGCACGCGCGGAGGAUACCGUACAACUACCCGCUGCCCAAGGAGUUCCCGGCCGGCAUGCAGCGACGACUGAAUCUGCUGCGACUCGGCAUGCGCGUGUCCAAACUGGCCCGCAAGAAACAACACGCCAAGCUCAUCGCCCUGCAAGACACCAUGUUGGAGGAGAUGGACGCCAACUUCGACCUGUUCGAUACGAGCGUGCUGCAGAACGUGGUCAACGUCAUCUUCAGCAAGAACUUCGACCAAGGGAUCAACCUGGCGCUGGAGUUGGCCAAGCGAUUCAACCGGGCCGACCGUUGGACGGACUUCAUUCCCAUCGCGGCCAGCACGGCGGCCGACUCUCCCGCGCACGACGAAGCGAUGAGCCUGCUCGCGCAGAGCCUCACCAAAGACACGGUCGGCGACCAGUUCGAGCUUCUCCGGAGCUUCUUAAGGAAGCAGUACAGCGACAGGCCCCCGUCGGACGAGGAGAUCCUGGGCCUGCUGGGCACCCACGUCGAGUCCUUCAUCAGCCUCUCGGCCCACGUCAACCGGGCCUACCUCAACGCCCUCUUCCGCCAGGAGGCGUGGGACGCGUUCUAUAUUCUGGCGACGGAGCUGGCCCACAAGGCAAAGGGCUUCGAGUUCGAGACCUACGUGAACAACUUCAUGCGGGACGUGGUGUUCCCGGCGUUCAGCAACUACCUCGACAGCUGCCAGGAGCCCAAGGCGAAGCUCCCCGCGAAGCGGGAGUGCAUCAAGAAGAUCGCGAGCUUCGACCUCAACAUCACCCUCGGCGCGGACAUCUCCUAUCUCACGCAGCUUCUGCCCUCCGUUGUCAAGAACGUGUGGAAGAGCAUCAGGAAGGACAUCGAGAAGGCCAACCGAAAGGAGGCGGACAAGAAGAAAGCUGUCGCAUUCGCCAAGAACAUGCUGGCUGACUUGGAGGACAUCAUGGCGGGCAAGAGCUUCAAGACCGACGCCAUCGAGUACGAAGUCAAGAAGGUCACCGACGGCCUCGUUGGCUUCAUCUCUCAAUAA